UGCGGAUCGCCCAGGAAAGCGAUGCUCCUCGAAUCAACCUCCUCCAUCGACUUCGCCUGCAAUCCCCAAAGUGCCCUCUCCCCUUUUCUUUCCUUCGAUGCCUUGCCUUGUUAUAUACAACCCCUCCAUCCUUUUCGCUCCUUCUCCUCUCGUCCGCUUUUUCGGUCUUCUCUCUCUUCUUCGGCUGCACAGUCGACUUCCCGACGGCCGAGCAAUGGCCGCUGAAGCCCCGCACGUACUCGCCGUCGACGACAGCCUCGUCGAUCGGAAGGUCAUAGAACGCCUCCUCAAGAUAUCCUCAUGCAGAGUGACCACGGUGGAUAGCGGAAGGCGAGCUCUACAGUUCCUCGGCCUCGACGGCGAGCAGAAGCCCGUCGGAGUCGAUGUGAGUUGCUUGCGCGGCAAAGUCUUUUUUUUUUUCUCCAUUUGUGACGAUCGACGGAUUUCCUCCGGCGAAUUUUUCUUGCUUUAUGUACUGCGGCUUCUCUUCUUAUUUCCCUUGUUUUUUUUCCGGAAGCUUCAGGGUCUGAAGGUGAAUUUGAUAAUCACCGACUACUGCAUGCCCGGCAUGAACGGUUUUGAGCUGCUUAAAAAGAUCAAGGAGUCUUCGACGUUCAGGGAAAUUCCGGUGGUGAUCAUGUCGUCGGAAAACGUCGUCGCUAGAAUAGACCGGUGUUUGGAGGAAGGAGCCGAAGAGUUCAUAAUGAAGCCCGUCAAACUCUCGGAUUUGAAGAGGCUAAAAGGUUACAUAGCGAAGAAACAACGGCGGGAAGAAAGUGGGGAUAUUGAAGGUAAACAAGCUCAAUCUCGCAAGAGGCCACUGCCAUUAUCAUCUCCGUCGUCGCCACCACCAUCGUCAACCACAUCACCAUCAACACCGCCACCACCACCAGUAUCAUCACCAUCACCUUCAUCGACGACAUCGACAUCAUUCCAAGAGCAUGAUGCAACAACCCCAACAUCGCCAUCAUCAUCACAACCUCCGAACAAAAUGGCCAGACUAGACCCACAGUCGGUUAACACUUUGUUGGCUUAAAAAGAGAGAGAGUUGUCCAAGGGUGGCAUCGCAAUGAACCCUAAUUCUUUUGCAGCAAGGGGGGAAGGGUGAGUUGAGGAGGAGGAACAUGGGGGAAGCAUGUGCCCUUUCGGCCUGUUCUUUUUGUCCCCCCUUUCUUUUAGGUCAUAUUUUUGCAAAGUAUACAAAUCAUGUAAAGCUCUGUUGAUACGAAAUGAAUCAAAAUCUUUUUCUCUUUUC